UGUGUAGUUGCAGUUUCUGCUUCGCAGAGAAGACAUCCAAAGAAAAAAGAAAUCCAACAACCCCCUGAACCGCUUAAGUACGCAUGAUUAUAUAGAAAUGGCCGUUUCUGGAUUAUUAAUCUGCAGUAUAUUCGUAAGCACGAUUGUUCUUUGUAGCCACAUUCAAAGUCCGAGAACAUUAAAGUCGCAAUUUCGCGUCGAAGGAAAUCGCCCAACCAGAGGUUUCAGCGAAAUGAAAUUAUCCACUUCUCGGGGUUUUGGUAAAAGGGAUAAACUUGCGGAUCUAACUGAUAGAACGUUGUAUACUGCUAGAAAUUUUGGUAAAAGGAUGGUUGAAAGUAACACGAUCGGUGAUCAAUUAGCAAACAGCAUCCUCUUGGAACUAUUAGCAGCUCAAAGUCCUUUCGGCAGCAACCUAAGGAUACCUAAGAAUUGGCAGAACGUCGAUGACACAAAUUAUGAUUAAAACAACAACGAAAUGUUACAAAAUUGUACGUAAUGGAACUAUUUUCUUUCGGCCAGAAUUCGUUGAAUAAAGCGUACCCUUACCACUUAAGAAAUAUGUAUAAAUAAUAAAUGAAUGUAAUUAUGUGUUUUAAAUCGCUGGAGUAUUACUGUUCUAUUAAAUAAAUCUAAUUAAAUGUU